UCCCUUCCUCUCCCCACUCUCCCUUAUACAUGUUAAAAAAGCACAAAAAAAAGGAAAGAUAAGUACAGAAAGAGAAAGGAAAAGAGAAAAAAAGACUCUAGCUGGUCCAAGUCUAUUGGCGAAGCUGUCCUACUUAUACCGCAUCUAAAGAUUGCAACCUGGACGGGUGACGCAGCAGAACUUGCUCGCUUUAAACCUCAGGUGAUUUGAUCUAUCGACUCUCACGGCCAACAUAAUUCUUGCCUAGGAGAGUCAUUUUUCCUAAAUUAUGGCAGCAGCUCAGCUUUCAACAUCAGGCAGUAGUGCACCUACUAGGCUACCUACAACAAAUCAGGAGGUGCAGGAGUAUGAGAAGAUCCUGAAAAUAAGUGACGAAAUCUUUUCUGGAACUCACCCUAGAUUGAAGGUUCCUCGGCAAUUUGUGCGCAAGACGGCUUCGCGCAACCCCCCUGCCUCUUCUACUCCCUCUCAGGUAAAGCCAGGAGAAUGGCAGAAGGCUUCUCCCAAGGAUCAGGUCCCGACCGCCCCUUCCAAUGCUAAACCGGCCAACUCUCAGAGCGGUGGCGUUGGGGGGGUUUCGUCGGGUGUGACGGGGGCGUCGCGUAUCAUCCCCAACCCUACCUCGGAAAUUGAUCCGAUCUUCUUGACGAAGUCGGACGAUCUCGUGCGAGCUGAGCUACAGCUACAGCGUCAACGGGUGGAACGGGCGUUACGGGAGCAGCUGGAGCAAAAAAGGCAGGAGUCAAGGCAGAAGGCUGCUCUACAGGACGCGAAGCCGGACUUCGAUGUUUCUGAUGUGCUCGUCAAGGCCUUCGAGAUGGUCAACCCUUCUCCAUCAGCCGAUGGCCGUGGCAAUGGAGAGCCCAGCGACUCCUUUGACGAUAAUUCGUUCUAUUCCAGUAGAGCUCCUGAUUCGCCUCAGCAGGGGGAACCGCAAAAACCAUCUCCAGCACCUCAAUCCAAUUCUGAGGAGCUUGCUGCUGCGGUCCCAGUAGAGAACUAUUCAGAUGAGUUGCAACGGCUUGAGGCCCUCAACAGAACUGGAUCGGAUCAGGAUAUGCAAGAUACUUACCCCGUGGCAGGCCAUCGAUUACCCUAUGAUCAAAGGCAGCCGCACCAUGGCGAGGUCGACUACGCAUCCCGCAAGUACCCGAACCACAACCAACCACCUGACGCGUUCGAAGAACCGGAGUACUCGCCGCCUGCGCCCGGAGUCGCGCCCAUGGAGAGGGAAGACAAUUACGAGGUUCAGAGGGAGUACGCGGGCGGAACCAAACGACGUGCACCGGAAGGUCGACCAGUUGAACGAGCCCGCUACGCUCGACAAUCUGUCUCGCCUGCCGAUGAUGUCCGAGUCGUGCGGAACCACAUCACUUCGCCUGCCGCUCCACAACCGUCUAGGGUCUCUCCGUUGGCGAUUACCAAGGUGUCGUCGGUCCCACAUGCGCGUUCGGACUACGCUCCGGAGCGUCACGCCAGUCCUGACGUACCCGCCUAUCCUUUGACGUCUAGAAAGCGUAGGAGACUGCAUGAGGAUCGAGACCGAUCUCGUCCGUCGUAUAAGGCGCAAGCCACCACGGUUGCCGAUGAGGCAUACAUCAAGGAAGAACCCGUAUCGCCUCCACCUUUUGCAGAUACCCCACAGACGUACAGAAGCCGCCAACUUCAGGAGCGACCUGUGUACAUAGACAUUGCCUCGCCACAGUAUACUCCCGUGAUCGAGAGAAGGGAGCCGCCUAUGAGAGAGCCAGGGUACGAGUAUGAAAUCUAUGACGCUCAUCAUGCAGAUCCUGGCGCUCAACGGACCGUCUCCAGACUCAGUGUGAGACGUCCGAUGCGCGACGGUCAAGAUCUUCGACGAGUUGCCAGUCUCCAGCAUCAAGCUCGACAACCUGAAUAUGCCCGCGAGUAUAUUGACCAAGCUAGCCCCCAUUCUCUGCGCGCAGGAUCCUACGCUAUCGUGGAACAGCCGGCACCAGAACGAGUCCGGUACUAUGACGAGCUGCCCCCGCCGCCUACACGCCGCUAUGUUCCUGCGGGAGAAUCGCCGAUGUCGCCUCGACUACGGGAAGCUUACUACGAGGAAGAGGCCACGGGUCAGAUGAUGGCGCCACCUCCGCGACGGAUCGUGGUCGAUGAGCACGGCAAUCAGUAUUACCUUCCCGCCAGCCGAGCCCCACGCGGUGAGCUUUACGAUGACCGUGCGGUCACUCUACGCCACGCGAGCCUACGGGCGGCAUCCGUCGUUGAAGACCCCUUCGGCGGUCGGAGGUACGUACAGGACAUGCCCCCUCCGCCGGCUUAUCGACGCGUCACCGAGUACGCUCGCCCAGUCCCGAGUGAACGCCGACCUUAUGCGGGCGCCACUCCCGCGACCGUUGCCGCCGGCCCAGAUGACCGAAAUGUCUAUCCACCACGUAGCGCCAGCGUCCAAGUGACCGAAUACGCCACCCGCCGACCUCCACAUUACCUUGAAGAGGCUGAACUGCCCCGCGAGCGAAUCGUACGGAUGCCGAGCGUGCGUCCCCCAGCAGGACGGUAUGAGGAGCCACGCGAGGUCAUCCAACGAGUGGAAAGUGUUCGCCCCGGCGGAGCGCGCGACGUGAGUGUGUAUCUGGACGACGGGACCCGGCAGCCGCGCGAGUACGUGGAACGGCCUAUGUAUGUUGCGACGCGGCCUCUGGCGCGCGAGGAGCCCGUCCGUUAUUAUGAGGGAAGUGUUGCGGCGAAUCCGGAGCGGGUCGUAUUAGAAGGAGCACCGCGAGGGGAUGUAGUUCAUCGAGUUCCUCCUCCGCGGUACUAAGUAUUUUUUUCUCUUUCCGUCUGAUGUUCUCAGAUGAAGAAGCCAUAAAAGCAAGCAAGCAAGAUGACCGGGGUUCAUGCUACUUAUGCAUGGAGAUGACGUAUACGCGAAACUAUUUCGAGAAUCAUUCCAGGAGGGUAGUAGAGAGAUAAAA